AUGGGAUUUUAAGAUUAAGACACUACCAACUUGCCACUAAGGAAGCUCAAUUUCUUUAGUCUUUCAUAUAGAUCAAGAUCUAGUGGGAGCUCUAGUUGUAGCACGAAUGAAAAUGAUUAUGACUACGGUAGCAAAGGAUCAUUCAAAAACUAUGAUGUUUGCAAUGAUAAAUAUUGCUCAGAGGAUAAAUACUAGGGCUAUAUAAAUGCUAUAAAAGGCGUCAACACAGCCACUCAGUCGUAGAGAGGCAUGAUUCUCAUCAUAGUCACCAUCAUCAUCAUAAUUAGAAUACUAAUGAUGAUUCUUAGAUAUCUCAAGAUCAGCUCCUAUCCACAAAUAAAAAUUAAUAGAGCUAUGGAGGAUACGGAUAUGGGCAAAGCAUAAACAAUUAAGAGGUUUACAAUUCAAAUAGCCAGCCUUAGCAUGUUAAUUACUAGCAACAAUAACAUUAUAAUUAGCAGCAAAUUUAAUAGCCAUAUGGAUAUGGACAGCCUGUUAAUGGCUUAAACACAAAUAGCAAAUACCAGUGAUUUUUGA